AUGUUUGAUUUAUCCAGUGACAUUAUUAUCCCCAAUUUUGAUAUGUUAGACAAUAAUAGUGGUGAUUACUAUUACAACUACAACGAAAUGGAGACCAAUUAUGAAAUGACCUUUGAUGACUAUGAUACUCCUGGUGGCCAGGUGAUGACGGCGUCAUCCAACUUGAUGACUUCCAACUACAACCAGCAGAUCCCCCAGUAUACCAAUGUGUCGGCCACCCCUAGCAUGGUGAGCACCACCAACAACUCAGUGGAUGGGUUCACAUUUAAUAAUUAUGCCAACCCUAACUUGAACCUGGAGAAUUUGAAUCUUAACAAUCAGUCCAAGCCUGAGCCGGCUCACUACGGGCUGCAAAACAAUUUGAACCACUUGAGUGUCAAUGUCAAUCUCUCGACCUUAAAUAAUGAGACUAAUUUUUCCACCCCCAAUUUGACUCCUCAAAUCCAAAGUCCCAACCAUAUGAUGUAUCCGGCAGCCUAUGACUUGGUGGGAAACUCGUACCACGAGUACGCCCCACAGAGCCAUCACCAGCCACCACUCUCGGCCCAGCUGUCGGUACCAUAUGACUUUCACCGGUUCCCAUCACCGUUGCACGCGGGCCCCGAGUCGCAGUUGACUCAGUACCAGCUCCAACAGCACCAGCACCAGCACAGCCCGGUGCCGGCACUGGCACUGGCCCCAUCCAGGACUACGGUUAUGCCCAUGGCCCACUCUCCUUCGUCCACCUCGUCUGCCACCGCCAAGGAGCGGAAAAACCCGGAAAACAAGAUCAUCACCUCCAAAAACAACGACUAUCGGGUGGUCAGAGGUAUUGCCGCCGGUGGGCUGCACGUACGGCCUCCCAAGAGUACCGGAGACUCGGACAGCACGUUUGUACCCAUUGAAUUGAACUUGAUGGGGGGAUCUGCCGAAGAAAUCUGUCACCCCGCUUGGUCAUCCCUGGAAAAGGAGGACCGCCGCCGGAUUGUGCGUAUCGAGCGGAUCCAAAAGGGCCCCAAAAUCAUUGCCAACUUCAGCAUCGUUGGCAGUGCCAAUGAAAACCCCACAGUUUUACCCCCACCCCCUAACUUUAAUGUGGAUGUGAUUGAAGUGAGUUGUUUGGAAUGUACCAAGAAGUUGAGAAAGGAAGAAGAGGAAGAGGAAGAUGAUCACGAUGACUUUGGAUCUGCCAAUGACACGGAGUUUGACUACUACAUCACGUCAGUGGAGGUGAUUGAAAUCGUGGAGCUUUUAAUCCGUACUAUGUCGUCAGUGCCCAGCGAGAGGAGAAAAGAGCGCGGGCGGGUCAGAAGUAAUUUGGUGCCAUUUUGGGCCAAGAAACCCAUUAGUUCUCGAAUCGACGGUAACGUCCAGCCUGAUUAUCGGGUAGAGUUGGCGAAAAGAAUCAUGGGAUAUGAGAUUAGAAAGCCACGGGGGUUUGACAAGGAGGUGCGGAUUUUGAGAUGGGACAAGUUGAUGCCGGCGUUGCGCAGGGCCUUGCAGUGUUAUUACUGCGAGAUUCCGCACAAGGCUGAUUAA